AUGCAAAAAACGGGAGAAGGAAUAAGAAACAGCGAUCACGGAUCGAAACCCAAAGAUCUAGAUAGGGACAUAGGGUUUCGAUUUAUACUGAAAGAGAUGGUGAAUUCAAUGGUGGAAAGAGCAACAAGCAGCAUGCUUAUAGGACCUGAUUGGUCGAUGAAUACUGAAAUCUGUGAUAUCUGCAAUCAUGAUCCUGCGCAAGCUAAGGAUGUUGUUAAAGGCAUAAAAAAGCGUCUUGGAAGCAAGAAUCCAAAAGUUCAACUUCUUGUAUUAACACUUUUGGAAACGAUUAUGAAGAACUGUGGGGAUUUUGUCCAUAUGCAUGUAGCUGAGAGAGAUCUGCUUCAUGAGAUGGUGAAAAUAGUAAAAAAGAAGCCUGAUUUUCAUGUAAAAGAGAAGAUCUUAAUUCUAAUAGACACUUGGCAAGAAGGGUUUGGAGGAUCAAGGGCUAGGUACCCACAAUACUAUGCAGCAUAUCAUGAAUUAUUGCGUCUUGGAGCAGUUUUUCCACAGAGGACUGACAGACCAGCGCCAGCUGUCACAAACCCACAAACACAAAGUAGAUCUUCACUUACAAAUAAUCCAGAAAAUGGAAAUGAAGCAGGCGAGUCUUCUGUGGAGGCUGAGUUUCCAACUUUGAGCUUGACAGAACUGCAGAAUGCACAAGGUAUCAUGGAUGUCCUUGCAGAAAUGCUAACUGCAAUAGAUCCAGAGAAGAAAGAGGGACUAAGACAAGAGGUCAUUGUAGACUUGGUGGAACAAUGUAGUACAUACAAGCGAAGAGUAGUACACCUUGUGAACUCAACAUCGGAUGAAUCGCUUUUAUGUCAAGGCUUAGCUUUGAAUGAUGACUUGCAGCGGGUCCUAGCCAAACAUGAAGCACUUGUUUCAGGAACACCUGUCCCAGUUGAAAAGUCAAAGCCUGAAACUAGUCAAGCAUUGGUACCUGUGGAUGAUCUUCUUAUUGAUACAGGAGACACCAAACAAUCUGGGUCAACCUCCAGCAACGGUGUUGGCGGCAGUUUAGAGGCAAAUUUCCUUGCCAUUACUCCGGUAACAACCACCGGCCCACCACCAGCAACUCCAGCGACGGUCAACCCCAAGUUUGACCUUCUGAGUGGGGACGACUUUGGCUCACCAACUCCCGAAAACUCCCUAGCCAUUGUACCCACGGGUGAACCUGAGUCGACCACCACCCCACCACCUCAGUAUAAUAAUGCCCUAGCCCUAGUGGACAUGCUUUCACAGAACAACAUGCCAAAUCCAAAUGUGCCAGCUGGACAAGGACAAACAUAUUCUUCUUCACCUCAAUUACAACAGUCCCAAAAUUUUCCACCUCACCAAUCAUUACUUUACCCGAAUGCAAAUACUCCUCCUAAUACUUUGCCACCACAAUAUGAGCCACAGACCACGUAUAAUCAAGGAGCUACUUCUUCCUGGAAUGGGUCAGGUGGUCCAACAAGUGAUGGAGUAGGACUACCACCACCUCCAUGGGAAGCUCAAUCAACGGAUGAUAACCAAUCAGUAGCCCCUCAACCUCAAGUGGGGCUACAAAUACAAACAAACAAUCAGGGAAUGGGCAUGUACAUGCAGCCACAGCAGCCAAUCACAUAUCCUCAACAACAACAACAGCAACAACAAUUACAAUUUCAAGGACAACAGCAGGUAAUGGGAUUGGGCAUGCAACAACAAUUUCAACCCACCGGUCAAAUGUACCCACAACAACAACAACCCAUGUACGCUGCUAACCAAAUGCCAUACGGUUACAACACCAAUAACUAUGGUUAUGGUGCUGCUAACUAUGGUUACCAGCAACAACAAAACACACAGCAGUUUCAGUUUGUUGACCAGAGAAUGUCAGGGUUAUCGCUUAGAGACGACAGUGGUUAUAUGAACAACAAUAGUACGGUUUACACGGGUCCCUCCAUGGCUAAUGCGUCUUAUGUCCAUGUUCCAUCUGGGAAGCCUACAAAGGCUGAAGAUAAGUUUUUCGGAGACUUGGUUGAUUUUGGGAAGCCUAAUAAGCCUAACAAAACCACCACCAGCUGAGAUUAUGAGUUAUAUCCUCCUCCUCCUCCUCCUCCUCCUGCUACUAUAUACUUGAUUCCUUUUUUUGUUUCUUUUUACGUCGUAUAUUUUAUAUUCUUGUUUCUUGGCUGCUGCUUUUUAUAUCUGUUUCCAAAUUUUAUUUUCCUCAUGCGUAUUUGUACAUUUUACAUUUUACAUGUUUCAGAGGAAACUGCAAACAUCUCUUGCCAAU